AUGCCUCGUGCAAAGUCGGUCAAACCUGAGGCCGCGCCCAAGCCCGAGCCAGAUCUCCAGCAAAUCACUGUUGACAAAGGCGAGUUCACUCGCACUCGCGAUGCACUUAUUACCUCAUGGGUCUCCCUCGACAAUGCCCUCAAGAAUACCAUUACCGCCUACAUUGAUCACUCCAAUGCAUGGCUUGGUGGUACUGUCACCCUCGACCCCAGCAUGAUCGACCUCGGCGCAUUCCUCCAGACUGGCGAACUCGUCACUAUUGGUGGUGGUCCUCCUGCAGCUCCCGAGAAGAAGCAGAGAAAGAAGGCUGAGCCCAGAGACCCCAACCAGCCCAAGCGUCCUCUCACCGCCUACCUCUUGUGGCUGGGUGAGAACCGUGAGAAGAUCCACGCCGAGCUGGGUCCUGACCAGAAGAGAGGCGAGAUCUCAUCCGAGGGCACCAAGAGAUGGAACAUGCUGCCCGAGGAGGUCAAGCAGAAAUACAAGGACGCCUAUGUCGCCUCGCGUGACCUCUACAACAAGGAGCUCGCAGAGUUCAAGGCCAACCGCGAGACUGCUGCUGCCACAAGCCCCAACGCUGACGACGAUGAGGAGGAGGAGCCUGCUCAAGCCGCUGCCGCCGCUGAGUCCGACGACUCUGACGAUGAUAGCACCUCGGAAGAGGAAGAGAAGGAGCCCACUCCUCCUCCAGUCAAGACUCCCAAUCCCGUUAAGAAGGGUGCCUUCACCACUGUCAACGGCUCUAACAAGCGCAAGAGCAAGACCACUGACGCCGAAGCCGUCACCGAAGAGCCCAAGAAGAAGCGUGGUCGCAAGGCCAAGGAGGAGGAUGUCCCUGCCUCCACUCCUGCCGAGGUUCCCGCCAGCGCAAAGAAGGACAAGAAGGAGAAGAAGAAGGGUCGCAAGAGCGUUGGUGGUGAGGCUUAG